AUGGCGUCUCCGAACGAGAAAGAGUCGCUCCCUGUAGCUCAUACCCCAGUACCUCAGCAGCCGCCCAAGAAGACUUCUUCCUGGGCCUACAAGUUUGUAUCGGCCACGGCCGUCAUCCUCAUCCUCAACUCUCUCCUCAUCUUCUCUCCCCGUAUCCCCCUACUCGACGACACUCUGCACCCCGCCGCCUCAUCAUCCUGCCAGCAAGCCGACCCCAUCUUCCCCAAGGCGGUCGACCAUUCUGAACUCGUCAGGGGCGAGAAGGGACAGAUCAUCAGCUGGCUCAGCGAUGCCGUCAAGAUCCCUACAGAGGUCUUCGACGUCAUGGGAGAAAUCGGCGAAGACGAGAGAUGGGAUGUCUUUUACGAGUUCUCAGAGUAUCUGGAGAAGGCGUUCCCUCUUGUGCACCAGCAUUUGAAGAGGACGCGCGUGGUGACGCACGCACUUGUAUACGAGUGGGAGGGGUCGGACCCGUCCCUCAAGCCUUUGCUCAUCACAGGGCAUCAAGUAGAUGUCGUCCCCGUUCUCCCUGCUACGCGCGACCAAUGGUCUCACGACCCCUUCGGCGGCGAGUACGACGGGACUUAUAUCUGGGGGAGAGGGUCGAGUGAUGACAAGUCCGGUACAAUCGGUGUCUUAGCGGGCAUUGAGUUACUCUUGAAAUCCGGCAAGUUCCAGCCCAGGAGGACCGUCAUCCUCGGGUUCGGGAUCGACGAAGAGACUGGUGGGAAGGUGGGUGCUUACCACAUCGGUCAAUGGCUUGAAGACAAGUACGGCAGGGACUCGAUCGCUCUUUUGGUCGAUGAAGGUAAUGGCGUUCAGGAAGUUUGGGGCCAGCUCUUUGCUGCCCCUGCGGUCGGUGAGAAGGGUUACUUUGACCUCGAACUUCGUGUCGAAACCCUCGGCGGGCACUCUUCUGUCCCACCACCCCACACAUCCAUCGGCUACCUCUCCCUUCUCAUAGCCGCCAUCGAAGAAGAACCCCACAAACCAUAUCUCUCCCCCAACUCGCCUUUGGUCAACUACAUCUCCUGCGCUGCAAACUCUCCCGCCCAGACCCCUUCCGAUCUCGUCAAGGCUAUCAAAAAGGUCGACUCGUCCAUCUCUCGCGGUGGGGCGAAGGGGGUGGACAAGAAAGCGUUGAAGGAGGUUGAGGAUUGGUGGGUGGAGGGAAGUUGGGAGGAUGGGACUUUGAUGAAGGGGCAGGGGAAGGCGAUGGUCUCCACGACGCAGGCUGUGGAUAUUGUUUAUGGAGGGUUGAAGGUAAAUGCUCUUCCUGAAAGCGUUUCAGCGGUCGUCAACCACCGAAUCAACAUCGCCUCAUCCGUUGCCGAGCUCCAAUCUCACCUCAUCGACGUCCUCUCUCCCAUCGCCAAGAAAUACAACCUCGCCAUCAACGCUUUUGGCAAGGACAUCCAGCUUCAUGGAUGUCACUCUUCUGCUUCUUCCGAGAAAGGACCGAAAGCAGGUAAAAUCGUCUUGGCGGAGGCGUUCAACUCGGCGCUCGACCCCGCUCCGGUAUCGCCUUUCACGGUGGAUAGCCCGGCUUGGAGACUUCUUUCUGGUACUGUGAAGGGUGUCUAUGCGACGCGGCCGGGAAUGAAUGGGACCUCGGAGGGAGAGAAGGAAAUCUAUAUGGCGCCUUCUAUCUCUACUGGUAAUACCGACACGAAGAGGUACUGGAACCUCACCAAGAACAUCUACCGUUUCGCCUAUCAGCUCAGUAAAGACUUUAACAAUGUCCAUACCGUCAACGAGCAUAUCAGCGCGGAUGUGUUUGUGGAGCAGGUCAGGUGGUUUAUCAACUUUAUCGUCAACGUGGAUGAGAGUGAUGAGAUUUGA